AUGCCCGUGCAGCACAACACCAGCAAGGACAAGGGCACGGUCAAGGGCAGGGAGUCGAUCUUUAGUCAGCUGCUCAGCUUCACACAGACAUCGGCGGUGUCGUCGCAUCCGAGCGUCGCAUCCGAGGUGGCCCGCGUGGGCCCCGCUGUUGGCGACGAGAUACUGAUCAAGGUGUGGGUGCCGAUGGAGUACACCGGCCAGCUGUACCGUGUGCGCAAGUUCAGCGCGGGCAAGUCGACACAGGAUGUCGUGUCCUUGCUCAACUCGCAGCUGGCGCCCAUCUAUCAGUCGCCCAAGAACAAGCUAUUCCUCAACAAUGACGACCGGCCCGUGCCCAACGUCAGUCUCAAGAACCUGAACCUGCAGCCCGAGGACAUCCUCUAUCUGCGACGCGAGCCCGAGUACGAGCUGGUGUCGCCGGCAUACCCAGGCAAGGGCUCGUUGGUACUGGACAAGGACGUCAAGGUAGCCGAAGCUUUGUUCAAGAUACAGCAGUGGCUGGACUUUGAGGACAAGGAGCUCACGCCCAACUCCAGUCUGAGUCGCAGCGGUGACGAGCGAUCGCCUCGCGCAUCAAUGUCGGGCACAGCAUCGGCCAACCCCAGGCGAUACAGACCAGAGUACUUCCACACAUUGGAGGAUCACAACCUGAUGAUCGUCGGCGGUGAGCGUGAUGGUGACAACCACGUCUCUUCGUACAAGUUGCUCAAGAAGCUCUGUCUGCCCACCAAUCGAAUCACAGGCAAGGUCUCUCGAGGCUACUACCUCAGGCUCUACGAUCAGAAGUUGAUAUCAAACUAUGGUAUCAAGAUAAAAGAUACAUUGAUAUUUAAGAAGAAGACGAUAAACAGAGGACUAUGUGUGGAUGAUGCAGAUGGAGGCAUCGAGAUAUCGGUCAUUUACUCGCCCUUGUCGAUGCUCCCAACGUAUCCGGAGAUCGAUCCGGCCAACGCUGCAGCUGGCGGCGCCAACGGCAAGGACAAGGAGCGUGAGAAGAACGAUAAUCCCGCACAGAAGGACCUGCUGAUAAAGGUGGAGCGACUAGCGGUGAUCGACCCGUCGAUGAUGCCCACGCCCGGCAGCGCCAGCAGUCAAACGCUGCUGUUGCCCGACGCCACCGGUGGCGACGGCACCAAGACGCGCAAGCAAAAGUCGCGUCGCACGCCAUCCAACGUAGGUCUGCCCUUCAACCUUGUACAUAAAACACAUGUAGAUUUCGAGUAUAAAUGGUCCGGCUCCAACCUGGAGGACUCGUUCGAGUUCAAGGAGAAGCUGGGCCAAGGCGGCUACGGCGCUGUGUUCCGCGCGCUGCACCGCGAGUCUGGCACGACUCUAGCCGUCAAGGUGCUCUCCAUCACGCCCAGCCGCAUCGCCGACAUCGAGAAGGAGAUCGACCUGCUCAAGAAGUGCCGCUGCCAGAGCGUGCUGUCCUACUACGGAUCGAUCGCCAAGUUGGCCGAGCUGUGGAUCCUGAUGGACUACUGCGCCGUCGGCUCGGUCAAGGACAUGAUGAAGACGUGCUGUGACACACUGGACGAGGAGCAGAUUGGAUCGGUGGCAGCCGAGGUGCUGGUCGGCCUGGGGUACCUACACUCCAAGGGCAUCGUGCAUCUCGACGUCAAAGCUGCGAACAUCCUGCUCAACGAAGAUGGACAGGUCAAGAUCGCCGACUUUGGUGUCUCGCAGCAGCUUCAGACGCCCUACGGCCAGUCAAACAUUCUCAUUGGCAGUCCUCUGUACAUGGCGCCCGAGCUCAUUCUGAAGGCGCCGUUCAACUCCAAGGCCGACGUGUGGUCGUUUGGCAUCACGUUGAUUGAGUUGGCCGAGGGUCGUCCGCCCUCGCGCGGUCUCAAGUCUAUGGCUCAGCUGACUGAGGUGCCCAACAUGCCACCACCCAAGCUCUCCAAUCCAAAGGACUGGAGUCCAUCAUUCAACGACUUUAUUGCCAAGUGUCUGGUCAAGGACCCCGAACAAAGACCCAAUGUUGGCGACCUUCUUUCACAUCCUUUCAUUCAGAGCGCCAAGUCAACCGAGUGUCUAAGCAACAUGAUGAGGCAAUGUGUUCAAAUCAAAGAGGCACAGAACAAAGAUCUCGAUCCUACCAAGGAGUAG